GGCGAUGGUGAGAGGAUCCCGAACGGGUCAGAGUUGGCGCUUCGACGUCGUCGUCAGGGUAACGCGCGCGGUGGUUGCUGGGAGCCGAUGGUGGCAUGAUGAAGGUCUGCGGCGUGUGUGAGGAGCAGGCUACUAAGUACCGAUGCCCGGCCUGUGAUGUGCGCUAUUGUUCUGUAGGAUGCUACAAGAAACAUAAGGAUGAUUGCAAACCACAAAAGUCUGGUUCAGUGUCAUCAACUUCAGAGCUUUCUACAGAAGUUGGGACAAUAACAUGGCAAGAAGGCAAAGAUGACAUACUGGGUGAAGAUGAAGAAUCUGAUCGCGUGCCCCUAGAGAAAUUAAAACUGUUGGCAAAAUCUGAGGAAUUGAAGAGUUUACUUUGUAAUCCUCAUCUUAGACAGUUGCUAUUGACAAUAGACAGAGCAGAAGAUAAAGAAAACAUCAUGAAAUCGGCUAUGCAAGAACCAAUUUUUGUAGAAUUUGCUGAUCGAUGUCUACAAGUAGUUGAACCCCAAGAUAAAGAAAAUGACAUCUCUGGCUCCUGGUAAAUGUGUUUAACCCCUGAGCACUUGGCAACUAUGUUGCAAAGUAAUUGACCAAUCCUGGUUUUGACUUUGGGGGGGGGCGGGGAAUGGAAAGCCUGACAAUUCAGCAACUAUGGAAUGUGCAGUGAGGUCAAUGACUGUGGACAGUAGUGUUUUUUUUUACAAAGUUUGACUGAAAUUGUGAUAAAUUUUAAAAUACAACAAAAAUAUUUAAGGUGGCAGCUAAUAAGUGUGAUAUAUAAAUAGUAUAUCAAUAAAAUCAAAAUUCAAUUUGCUGCUUUAAACAUUUACCUUCACUUCUACACCCUCCCCCUAUUUAACAUUUGCUGCUCACUAACUUGUUUGCUAAGAUACAUUGCAUAAGACAUCUCUACAAGUUGUGCAAUGAAGUUAAAAUACCAUUUAAUUUGCUAAAUGGUUACUAUACAUUCAUGUUAUCUUUGAUUCAAUGAAUAAAGACACCAAGGUCCCUCUAAAAACCCAUAUCUUUCAAAAUUUCUGUUUAAUACUCAACAUUUUUAUGCAUUAGAUUCCUCUGGUGGUCUUGUUCAAUUAUUUAAGUAGAAAUCUUCCUAAGCGUUUUCACUUAUUUCUCAGACAUUGCCACCAAGUUUUUGAAUCAGGAGUAAAUCUAGGUACAUUGCACUUCAUACCAUUAGACCAUCAAUAAAGGCUGAACACCUGGGGCAUCAGUGCCAAGUCCCAAAUCGCAUUAGUUAUGGUUUCUACAGUCCAAAAAAGUUUAUUGUUUUAUCAUUAAUCAAUUCUCAGUCCGUGCCAGUAUAUUACACAAUUUAGUUUCAUAAUCUCCAGCAUGGAACCUUAGUGAAGGCUUCUAGUAGUUCUAAACAUGUCAACAGGUUUAUCAAAUAUUAUUUCUCUAAGCAUCAGUUUGAUAUUACCACUUCUUAUAUAAUAGAUUCCAGCACUUUCCUUAUUAACUGAUGAGGCUAAAUGGUCAAUAGCUUCUUUCCCCCAACAUCCUUUCUUCAGUAGUGAUGUUUUAAUUGCUACUUUCUGAGAUUACCUUUCUGAAUCAACAUAAUUUUACAUUACCAUCACUCCAAUCAGUCUCCAAGCCACAUCCUCUUAAAGGAUAGCCAUCAUGUUCUGACUGAUCCCUUUCUCUCCCAUUAAUUUCUUGAAUGUUAUUUAUUUUGAAUGGAUUUUCUCUAAUUUACUCUAAUCUGCUCUUUACAAAUGUAAAAAAUUGGAAUGUAUGACCUAGAGUUAUUUUCAAUAAAACAAACAGAAUUCAUUCUUA